UGAUCAUUUGAAUUAGGAAGUAAAGGAGGUAGCAUAAAAGGAACAGAAGCUGUGAAUCAAUUACCAGCACAUGUCCAUCCUUACCAAUCACAGCUACAUGUUGAUCCUCACUCUGGUCCCACUGUAAUAGAACUUAGUUCAAUAGGAGAAGUUGCUCGCAGUAUUGAAUCACUACAUGAGCAGUUUACUCGUCUUGAUUUUGAAAUAAGGAGGCGUUUUAAUGAACUUGUCUCCAAUGGGAAAUUGGAAGCAAAUGUUGUUGCAUUUUAUGCAGAACAAUAUUUGGAGCAAAAUUUAAAGUUAUCAGAAAUUAACAUUAACACUAUAUUUAAUGCCAUUAGACCACAUUACGACUUCUUCAAUUUUGGGUUACUCAAGAAUUUAGUACAUCAACUCAUCCCUUCAUCAGAUGAUAUUCAUAAUAAACUAACUCAAUACAUUGAUAGUGUUGAUAAAUUCUCAGAAUCAUCACAAUUGAAGCACAUACGAUCAACAAUUAAAGAGAAAUUGUCAUCAUUACCAGCAUUAGCCUCACCAACCACUAGCGAUCAAACAAAACCAGUCGUUAUUAAACUGAAUGACAGAUGGGAAGAAAUGACAAUAAGUAAACUCAAGACAGUCCUCAAGCAUUACUUUGGAGUAACACUAGAUCUCUUCAGUCACAUUAGCCUUAAUUAUGGAGGUGGUCCAGCUAGACAAUCAGCUACCAGUAGUACAGUGACUACAGUCAACCAUUUACCAACUAAUCAAUCUAUAAUAUCAGGUGCCAAACAGUUAUUAGGAGACAGAGAACUAGAGAACCAAACUUUGCAGCCAGAAGUUAUAGAGAAGUGGCUUAGUGAAGGUGUUGUUGAGUUAACUGUUACUCGUGUUAACAUGCAUGGACCUCCUGGAGCUGGUAAAACCUGUGCUCAAGAUCUUCUGCUAAAUAAUCCACCUACCAACUAUGUCACUGACAGUACACCAAUUGCUCGUCCAGCUGUCAAAGCUACAAGAAUAUCUGUCGACAAUGAAGCUAUGAAAUGGGAGAAAGUUGAUAGAGAUGGUUUACUUGAAAGACUGGCCUCUGAUUUAAAGGAAGCUGCUGCUUCUCAUCUUAAAGAGAAAGUUCUAGCUACUCAUCAUGAAGAAAGCAUUCCUGGAAAUUCUUCUCCAGUUUUGACAGAUGAACAGCAAACUUCAGAAUCACAGGAUGAAUCUACUAGAGAAAGAAAUGAUUCUGCUACUGAAGCAGAUGAAUCUAGUCUUGCUUCAAAUGAAAGUUUCUCAAUUGGUGAAGGUGUGAUUCAGGAAAUUGUGGGUACAAUCCAAAGCUCAGAGGUCCAGCUGAAUUUAAGUGGUCAUUGGUUGUACAUUAUUGAUUCUGGAGGUCAGCCAGCAUACCAGGAGCUGCUACCAUUGUUUGUUAGAGCAGCUUCUCUCAAUAUCAUCACUCUUGACCUCUCAAAGCCUCUUGAUGACAAACUUGAUUUCCAAUACAGGAUUGGAAGGGAGAUAUUUUCCUGUGGUUUAAACUUAAAGUAUUCAAAUCGAGAAUUUUUUCAGUCUGCAAUUUCUUCUGGAGCCAUUUUGAAACCAAUUGAUGUCCCUCAUGUCCUUGAAACACCUUCACAUCCAAUGAAUUUUGUACUUGGUACACAUUAUGAUCUCAUAAAUGAUGACAUGCUUAAGGAGAUAAAUAAAGAGUUGGUGUCUUCAUUGAAGCCUGAAAUGAAAGACUAUGUUGUCUCGAAUGUUCAUGGAGAGUCUAUCAUAUUUCCUGUGAAUACACUAGUCCCUGAAGAUAAAGGAAGAAUGAAAGCAGGACAGGAUUUAUGUCAAUCGAUAGCAAAUUGUGAAGAUGCUUUUCUUAAAAUAGAUAUGCCUCUCCGUUGGUUUGCAUUUGAGCUUUGGUUGCAAAAUGUAGCAGAGAAGAAAAGCCGUUGUUUUCUCAUAAUAGAUGAAGCCAUAUUUGCUGGUAAAAGGUUUAAAAUGAGUGUGGAUGAUACUAAGCAUGCCUUACAGUAUCUCCACAAUGUGACUAUUAUCCUGUAUUAUCCUGAUAUCUUGCCACAAUUAGUUUUUGUUGAUCCUAAGCCUAUUCUUGAAGUUUUAUCACGUCUGCUAGCUUUCACCUAUGUUAAAAGGGAUUCACUAAAGCUUAUUGCUGACUCUAAACCAUCAAAGGAUGAUAUCAAGAAACUACAUUCUUCUGGUUGUUUUAAAGAGAAGCUCUUGAUUGAUCAUUUAAAAUCGCUUUUUUCUCCACCUCAUUUUGAGCCAUCUCAUCUACUUAAGCUCCUUAUUCAUCUUCGUAUCAUUGCCAGUGGAGAAGAUGGAGAUUAUUUCUUUCCUUGUGCUUUGGAGUCGUACACUGAACCACCUGAACCUCAAAUAGAAACCAAACCUCUUCUUAUAGUCUGGCAGGAUAAUGAUGGUAUCAAUACACUUCCUGUUCCACAAGGAAUGUUUCCAUUAGUCAUUACUCACCUCCUCACUCAUAAUAAGUACCCCUGCAAGGUAGACUUCCCUCCAUUGGAUCCACAUCAGUACUACAGGUAUCGUGAUGCACUUUCUUUCUGGAUUUGUAUUAACAGGAAACGUUACACACUUCACAUAAUCAAUCGCUACACACACAUUGAGGUUUAUUUUGAUGAAUCAGUUCAGGAAGCAAAAGUAAACUGUCCUUAUAUUCGUGAACUAGUCAUAAAGGCUGUCAUUAAAAGUGCUGAUGCCAUCAAUGUUGAACACAAUCAUGUCACUGCAUUCUCUUGUCCUAAGAGAAGCACUUGUUACUGUGUUGUAGAGAAAGACCAUUCCAUCAAUUGUACACUGUGCAAAAGGUCAGCUGACAUAAGUGGUGAUAGCUACUGGUGCUGGUUUGGUAUAGUAGACUGUGCCCCUACAUUAAUGCCCUCUGUGGGUGCAUAUUCAGGAUACUCGCAAGCACUCAAUAUACCUGCUUUGGAUGAUAUCCUUACAGACUUGAAGGAUGGUCACUAUUAUAGUAGCAAUUGGAAGGAUCUAGGACUCAAACUGGGGUUACAUGAUACAACACUGGAUACUAUAGAGUCAGAUUACUCUACAGUAGAAGAUCGCCUUAGAAAGUGUAUAGUUAAAUGGUUGCAGAGAGCUGAUGGUGUAGAUGCUAAAGGAGGAGCAACCUGGACCACACUGGUUAAUGCUCUUGAACGUAAUGGCAGCAAACCAACAGCUAAUCACAUCAGAUGUAAGAGAUUAACAUGACCUGCUGAUCAAUGAAGAAUGGCCUUAGUUGUGUAACUUGUGUUCAAUUACAGUAAAAUUUUGUUAUUAUAGGUAAAA